AUGUACAAAUUAAUCUUUUCAGCUUUAUGCACAUUACUUAUUUUACAAGUCUUGUCAAUUGAACAAGUCAAUGCCAGCUGUUGUGCUGGAACACAAGUUGGUACAGGUGAAUCUGGAUGCAUUGGUACCUAUGCAGAGGAUGACUACUGGAAGAGCUGGCAAUGCUUUAGCUGGGACGCCUUCUCCCCAGCACAAUGUGACAUAUGUAUUGCACACUGGACAUCCGGUGCUUUGGGUGUAUUCAUCGGUGUACCAAUCGCUAUCGUAGUUUUAAUUAUCAUUUGUUGUACAGUUAUUUGUUGUCGUAGAUCAAGACAUCAUCACCAUACCACUGUUGUUGCAGGAGGUAAUCCAUACCAACCAUUACCAAAUCAUCAAGUAGCUUACCAAGCUGCACCACAAUACCAACAACCACAAUACCAACAACAACAAUACCAACAACAUGGUCAUCAUCAUCAUGGUCAACACUAA